GAAAGCAGUUGCUAUAACCUGUCCCAGCAGAAGCCCAGGCAUCGGAUUUACGGAACAGAACCUUAAAUAAGUAUGUUCAAAGAACCUAAAGAAACCAUGUCUGAAGAAUUGAAGGUAAGGAUAAGAAUGAUUUCUCACUGAAUGGAAAGCCAUAACAAGGUGAUAGAAACUAUUUUGAAAAGAAAACAAUUAGAAAUUCUAGAGUUGAAAAAUAUAAUAACUGAAAUUUCAAAUUUACUAGAGGGGCCUAGCAGUAUAUUUGAGCUGGCAGAUGGAGACUCAGUAAAUUUGAAGUGAAGUCAGUAAAAUUAUCAAUUCUAUCAAAUAAAUGAAAAGAGAAUGAAGAAACCAUUGCUGAGCUUUAGAAUUAUGACUCAAACUCUGGCUGCUUUUUAUCAAGAUUUGGUGUAUUUGUUAGGUGUACCUAAAAUGGAAGAUUCUUCAAGAACUCCAGUCCUUUAGGGGUAAAAUAUUAUGUAUCAGGUAAAUAUAAGCAGUGACCACAGGAGGAAGAGAUCACAAGGCCUCUGUGGGAAAACAUUGUAAUUAAACUUUCCAAUUCACAGGUGACCACAGCAAAAGGACCAGGACCAAGACAUUCCUGUAACAAAAAUUAACUAAUCAUCUAUUUUAUUGGCUACACUCUGGGCUAGGAGCUUUGACGUAAUGCCUUGGAAUCUUUAAAACACUUCCAAUUAGAGGAACUUGGUUAGAUUGUUUCAGACCCAUGGAUUCACUUAUCCACCAUGUACUUCAUAUUUAACCUUUGUUUUCUCAACUCAAGAUGGUGCUAACAAGAUCACCUCCUGCAAAACUGUGAAAGCGAAGUUACUCACGUAAAGAGCUGAGUGUGCUGCAGGGCAUACAGUAAAAGUUCCAGAAAAGCUCCAGUCAUGACGCAGGAAGGCUGCAGUCUGCAGACCACAGAAGAGCCAGCGGUCUUCAGAGCCAUGUUGGCGGCGGUGGGCUCCCUGGUGGCCGCCUUCUGGGCGACGCUCCAUCUCCGGACGCUCCUGCUGGCUGCUGUCGUCUUUCUGUUCGUUGUUGACUUCCUCAAAGGCUGGCGCCCCCAAAACAACCCUCCAGGGCCCUGGCGCCUGCCCUCCCUAGGCAGCUUUUUCACGUGAACGUUGAGCAAUUGCACUUUGAGAUUCAGAAGGUAGGAGGAGGCAAAGGUAUCUGUAAAUCUUGACCUGCAGUGUUAACCUGGGCAGGAGGAUGGGUGGCUCUAAGGCUGAUACUGGCAACUGCCAAACCCACUCUGAAUUGUUUUAAAACUUACCUGUCAACUGGCACCAUUCUACCUGCCCCUUCUA